AUGUCCUCUACUGUAGACCCUCUGACCGAAGCUCAGAAAGAGCACUUCAUCGCCACAGGCUGGUUGAAGCUCAGCAAUUGCUUCACGAAAGAGCAGGCAGAAUGGGUGACCAAAGAUGUCUGGACGCGCCUGGGCAUGGACCCAAACGAUAAGUCGACGUGGAAACACCGCACAAACAUGCCCCAUCACCGCUCCUUUGACUGCUCCGAGUUCGCACCCAAAGCCUGGACUGCCAUCUGCGAGGUCUGCGGCGGCGAGGACCGCAUUGCCCCUGGAUCGAAGCACUGGAGGGACUCCCUCAUCGUGAACCUCGGGAGCCCGGAGUUCGAGGGACAAGAUCAAUCACCCCGCGACCUGGACAACUGGCACGUCGACGGCGACUUCUUCGUCCACUACCUCGAUUCCGCGGAGCAAGGCCUCCUCGUGAUCCCCCUGUUUACCGACAUCGUUCCCGGCGGCGGCGGGACCGUGAUCUGCCCCGAGGCGAUCCCCAAGGUGGCCAAGCACCUGCUAGACCACCCGGACGGGGUCUCGCCGCGGAUGGUCCCGCGCGGUCAUCCCGACUUCGCGGCGGAGCGGAACUUGGAUUGGUUCAACUCGCUUGCGGGGAGCUGUGACGAGUUCGUCGAGGCUUGCGGGGAGGUCGGCGACGUGUACCUGCUUCAUCCGCUGAUGCUGCAUAGCGCAUCGCGCAACCAGCUUCGGAGGCUGCGUAUCAUUACGAACCCGCCUGUGUCGCUCAGGGAACCGCACCACUUUCACCGGUCUGAUGGAUCCGAAUAUAGCUUGGUGGAACGGGCGACUUUGCAGGCGUUAGGGAAGGAGUCGCUGCCUGCAUGGAGUAUAACAGCGCCCAGGGAGCGCGUCAUCCCGGAAAGACUCAAGAUACAGGAACGAAUGAAGCAAGCGGAGCUGAAGAGACUUGCGGCCGGUGCUUGA